AUGUUUCCAAUAGCUUGGGCUGUUGUCAAAGUAGAAUCCAAGGACACUUGGUCCUGGUUUCUUAAAAAUAUAAUGGCUGACCUUGAGAUAACCAAUGGGGAAGGUUGGGCAUUCAUGAGCAACCAACAAAAGGGACUUGUUCCUGCAUUAGCUGAGUUGAUGCCAUAUGCUGAACAUAAAAUGUGUGCAAGGCACAUAUAUGCAAACUGGGCAAAGAAUUAUAAAGGGGAUAGGCUGCAAAAGCAAGUUUGGCAUAUAGCAAAGAGCACAAACAUGGCUGAUUUUAGAAUAGCCAAGUAG